AUUGAAGAUUAAUAAAGAUUAUUUGUCGUUAUUCGUUUGAACUUUGAAAGGCUUUAUUUGGCAUUUUGGCAUUUGUACUUCUUUAAGUCAACUUUUGGGGUGCGUUUUUCGUGUAUUCUAAUAAAACUAUUUGUUUGCUCUUUUGUAUUUUUUUUUAACCCUAGAUUGUGUAUGUAUCCUAUGUUUUUGUAUUACAACAAACACUUUUAAAUUUUAACCAUGUUUCCAUUACUAUUUCAUGAGUAUAAUAUUAUUAUGUUUGGAAUCGGAAUACCUAGUAUGUUUAUAAUAUGGUUAUUACUUUUCAAACGAAUCACUGGGUUCUUUGAGGUAAACAAUUUUAUUUUUUAUAGAAAUAUUUAUAGGUAUUACUUAAAAAUCAUAUUUUUUGUUCUAGAAAUGUAUUUCAUUGUAUUCAUCACACAAAUUCAAGGUACCAGAAGUAAAUGUAUUAUUACAAUCGCUGACUAGUGGAAUUUUCUGUUUUGUCAGUGUUCCUAUAUGUUUUUCUACAUUUAAACCUUCUUCUUCUGAUUCAUCUUUAAUGUACUGGCUACUAGAUUCUUUUCGCCAUAUGAUGAAUCGUUGUACAAUUACAGAACCUUUAGAUCCAUCUAAAAAUUUUAAAUUUAUCAUACUAUAUUCAUGUUUACUGCACAAUGUGUAUACAUCAUUUACAAAUCAUUUAGAUGAGCGGCCAAUAUUAAGUACCAUAAAAAAAGCAGCUGUAUUAGGUUUUUUUGCUUCGACAUACUGUUUUGGGUAAUUCAAGUUAUUUUAUCUUAAUCAUAACUGUUUUGUACUUUGAAGAACAUCAAUACAGAUUUUUAGACUGUAAUCAAAGUGACUUAAUCACUUAAAAUUUAAUACUAAAAGUAUUUAAAAUUGUACAGCUGUACAGAAGCAGGUUUUGUAUUUCUUGGCCUGUCUAAUCUAUCACUUGGAACAUUGGAAGCUGCCAGACUAUUAAAAGUUUGUCAUAACAGAACUAAUAGUAUGAUUAUUAAAAUAUUGAGCUUUGUGCAGUUUAUUGUCCACUGUGUUAUAUGGUAUGAAAAGAAAUUAUUUAUCUAUUUAUAAAGAAAUUAUUUUAUAUAAAUGUACUUAUUUUUACUUUACAGGAUAUCAAUCUACCUAUUUUUAGUACCAUUUAUCGUGUUGUCAUCAAUUGAAAUACUAAGAAUGGAUAAUAAUAAUCGACUACCCUUAGCAACUAUGUUAUUAAGUCUUGUAGUAUUUUAUUUUAUUGAACUAAAGGAUAGUGUAUGUUUCAUACAAUAUAAAUGUUUAACAUUAUAUAUUUCUUAUUUUAAGUACUUUGACUGACUAAAUUUUUGAUAAUUUGUUAUAGCCUUUAAACAUGUCAACAACAAGUGGAAAUGGUAUUUUUAGAUUAUUUGAAUCACCUAAAAACUCGUAAGAUUUUAAAUUUUCAUUGGUAACUAAAUCCUUAUUCUUGUUACAAUAUCUCGUGUGAUUUUUUCUAGAUGUAUAGCUGUAAAAAAUAAAUCUAAAGAAAAUUUAUCAAUGUUGUACCAGUCUACUAAAUGUAACUAUAUUUAUAUAUAUAUAACAUAUUUUGCACUACUUAAAAAAUAAAUUUAAAAAAAAUAUAAAUAUAAGUUAUAAAUAUCUGAAAACUAAUUUAAUUUGAAUUUAUAAAAAAUAUGUAUCACUAUUAUACCUAUGUAUAAAAUGGUAAUAUAAUAUUGACUAUUACUUUUUUAUUUGUUUGUUAUAAUAAUAUACUAUACAUUUUUAUUAUUUAUCAAACUUUUAUUUCAAAUGUUAGGAUUCAUUUUUUUUUUUUUAAUGACCCAUUUUUGAACAAAUACUGUAUUGAUUAUCUAUAUAAUUAUUUUUAAUUUCAUUAGUAUAAUUUUCAAGUUAAACAUGAUAGAAAACCAUUUAUAAAUUGUUAUUUAUCUUGUAUUAACUUUAAAAUAAUAUUAGUCUUACAAUUUAAAAAAUAUUUAAUCUCUGAUUUUCACCCGUAUUUAAAAAAAAAAUCCUUCAUUACAUAUUGUAAAUAUUUCAAAACUAAUCACUGUCAUUCAAAUAUUUGUAUUGUAUUACAUAGGUGCUAUAGCAGUAAAGAAAAAACUCAAAAGAAUUCGUCAAAAUAAAGAAUCUACUAAAUUAUUGUCUCCAUUUGAAAUUAAAUCUGAACCAAUCGAAGUAAUUGAAAUAUUUGAUGAUUAAC